AUGGAUCCAACAACGUUAGUAACUAUUAUAUCUCAUGUAAGUAGUUCUGGUGCCGGGUUGUUAAUGUCAUUUGUUGCUCUAUCAGGUUCUACUACGUCAGGAACACUUAAAGAUUUCUAUUGGUUUGAUGCGAAUACUUCAGGUAUUGGUGGGAUUGCACCAAAUAAGACAAGAUGGUUUAAUUAUAGAUGGUGUUCGAUAUCGAGUGCUGGUGAUAUAAUUUCUUGUACCUACAGUGAAGCAGCUACACCCUUCUCUCCUGUGGAUAACUUCCUUACUACAGUAGGAGUGCCAAAAUCAUUUAUCAAGAAUAGAAAUACAUAUUUCUAUCUAUCAAGAACAGCGUGGGGUCUGUGGUUAGUAGGCCUUAUUUUUAAUAUACUAAGUUUUGCUGGGACUAUUCAUACUAAUUUUUAUCAAACUCCCAGAUUAUUCAAAAGUUAUUCAGUGUUACGAUGGGUGGCCUUAUUUCUCACUCUGGUGUCGACUGUAUUGUAUACAGCUUGUUAUGCUAAAGCUCAAGAUGUAUUCCAUUCAUCGAAUUUAUCAGCAGCCAUGGGAUUGAAUAAUUUUGCGUUUGCGUGGGCUUCGGUAGCUAUUCUGAUUAUUGACACUCUUAACUCUAUAUAUUCAUUGAGAAAUUAUACUAGUCUAUUUGAGAAAAACAAAAUAAUUUAUCCUAAUAACAUUACUGGUCAGUAUCCAAUGGAAACGUAUUCCCAAGUAGGUUAUGGAGCUCCCCCACCACAUCUACCACCACAUCCUCUGGUAGUACCAGCGCCAGCACAAGCACCGACAGUACCAGCAGCAUCGCCAGGAGUGGCUAUAGACAAUGGUGAGAUCGAUCAUGUAGCGACACUAGAUAAUCAAUAUAGAGAACAGCAACCUCCUGUGACGUCGAAGAGCAGGUUCUUCACUAGGAUAAAGAGAAACAAACCAAUUGAUCCUUAA